AUGUCCAAAAACAUCAGAUUUGGCAGAAGAUGUGAUGAAGAUAACCUUCUUUUGCAAAGCGUCCUUCCCGGGUUUGUGCUCGCUUUAAGAGAUUUUUCGCUGAGAUUGAUCAAAGAUGAUAGGCAGAUAACAUCAGACGAAUACCUUGAAGAAAGCCUGGCAAAUAGAACGACAAAAGGUGUUUCUUUCAACAAACCCCGUGAAUGCAUCCGGAAAUUCUUUCCACAAGACAAACGAAGAUGUUUUGCGUUUCCAGCUCCCGGAGAUAUUGACGUUUUAGAAAACCUAGAAAACCUUACAUUCCAAGACCUUACGAAGAGAUUUCAGACCGUUACAACAAUGUUUGUGUCAUAUAUUUACAGUCAGGGACCAAAGCAACUCCAAGUUAGCAAACCAGUCAACGGAUCUAUGUUUGCCACGCUUACCAGGAAAUAUGUGGACGCUCUUGCAAGGGGAGCUCUGCCUGAUGUUGACGAUGCCUUUGCAACGGUUGCUAAAAUCGAAAAUGAAAGAAUUAGAGACGAAUGCAUGAACAUGUUUCGAUCCGGAAUAAAUGAUAUAAAGUUGCCUCUUCCAUCAAAAUCGCUGGAUAAACUUUUCAAGAAAAUCCGAUGGUCUGCACUUGAAUACAUGCGUACAAAUGCUGUCCGGGAUGUCGCCAAUGUAGUUGAAAAGGAAGCCCAGAUGGAAAUGGAUUUGUCCUGGCAACAGUUUCAAAGUCAAAAUGAAGAGGAAAUAGAGAAGCAUUGUACAAACGUACUGAUAGGUUUGACAUCCUUCAGCAACUUGCAAGCAGGGUUGAAGAACAAAGGUUAUAACGUCCUCGGAGGCCAUAAAAAAUUCAAACGAGACGUAGACGAGGUCAGGCAGCAAUACGAGCAGGCUCUUCAGAAUUACGAACCAAGAGAGAUCGGAUUGGUUUGGGGCAAUUUCACAAGCGAACUCUGUCCAGAGGAACAUAAAAUCCUUGAAAAAGAUGAUGAGCUCUCUGACGAAGAAAAAAAGAGGGAGAAAGAAGAAAACGCAAAAGCAAUGGAGCGAAUGAACGUGGAAAUGAGGGAAGCAAAUCAAAAGGCUUUAGAUAAACAAAAGAAGGAGCUGGAAGAACAACAAUUCAAGCUGAAUGCAGAACGCGAAAGGCGAGACAAGGAACAUGAAGACAAAGUAGCAGCCCUACAUAGCAAGCACAUUGCGUCUCUUGAAAAAAAUAAGGAAGACCAAAAGAGACUUCAGGAUCAAAUUACUGCAUUGCAGGAGGACAAUAAACGACAAAAAGAAGACGCGAUAAAAAAACUCGAAGCAGAGAAUAAAUUAGCAAAGGAAAAAGUGAAAAACCUGGAGAAGGAAAAUAAAGAACGAAAAGCGAAGAAUGCAAUAGUAAGAGCAUGGAAUGCUUUUUGGAAUGACUAAGAUACUAAUCUUGUUGUGUUUUUUAUUAAAACUACGGUUGUCUUAGCAAUCUGACUUUAUUUUUUUAAAUGUUGAGGUUAUUGAUAGUGUAGGUUAUGAAAACAUUUAAAAAUGUUGCUGUUUGUUUCAAUUGAAAACUGAAAACUGUCCAGCAGUCAAAAGUUAAUUCUUUACACCGAUGACGCAAGUUGCCUAACUUUAUGUUUAUUAAAAAGCACAAAAGCCAUAAUAUGAAAUUC